GUGAGGGUGCCCAUUUAAAAGCAAGUAAGAGAGCAAUCAAGCAAGGGUUUAAAUAAAUGGGUAUUACACCUCAUCAUCUUUAAUCAAAUUGGCAGUAGGAAAAGCUAAAGCAAAGCGCCAUUAAUGACAAUAAAAAAUCAUAUUUUGAGUUGAGUGGAGAGAGCCCUCUGAAUUGCAUCAUCAUCUGUGUUAAGUUUAUUCUUCAUUUAAUCUCUUCCUCUUCAAGGUACAUGUUUUUGCAGACAUGUCAGGCUCAGGCACAGCGAUAGGGCGGAGAGGACUUCAUUACUUGCAGAAACUAAAAGCCGCAAAUAUACCUUCUGAUUUGUUGGAGAAGGGCCAAAAUCGUGUAAUAGAUGCUUCUCUUACCCUUAUUCGCGAGAGGGCAAAGCUCAAGGGACAACUUUUGCGUGCUUUAGGGGGUGCUGUGGCAUCCACAUCUCUGCUUGGAGUUCCUUUAGGACAUAACUCAUCAUUUCUUCAAGGACCAGCAUUUGCUCCUCCUCGAAUUAGGGAGGCAAUCUGGUGUGGCAGCACUAACUCAACCACUGAACAAGGGAAGCAACUAAACGAUCCACGGGUGCUAACUGACGUUGGUGAUGUCCCUGUGCAAGAAAUCCGUGAUUGUGGCGUGGAUGAUGAUAGAUUGAUGAAUGUCAUCAGUGAGUCUGUCAAGCUAGUAAUGGAGGAGGAUCCAUUACGCCCAUUAGUUUUAGGUGGUGACCACUCAAUAUCUUUUCCUGUUGUUAGAGCUCUCUCUGAGAAGCUUGCUGGACGUGUGGAUAUACUUCAUUUAGAUGCCCAUCCUGAUAUUUAUGAUGCCUUUGAAGGAAAUAAGUAUUCACAUGCAUCUUCUUUUGCUCGAAUUAUGGAAGGUGGUUAUGCUAGGCGCCUUUUGCAGGUUGGUAUCAGAUCAAUAACAACUGAAGGGCGCGAACAAGGCAAAAGAUUUGGAGUGGAGCAAUAUGAAAUGCGAACAUUUUCAAGAGACCGUCACUUCUUGGAAAACCUGAAACUGGGGGAAGGAGUAGAGGGGGUGUAUAUUUCAGUGGAUGUGGACUGUCUUGAUCCAGCCUUUGCUCCAGGGGUAUCUCACAUCGAACCAGGAGGCCUUUCCUUUCGUGAUGUUCUCAACAUCCUACACAACCUCCAAGGCAAUCUGGUUGGUGCAGAUGUGGUAGAGUUCAACCCACAACGUGACACUGUUGAUGGAAUGACUGCAAUGGUUGCUGCUAAGCUUGUAAGAGAACUGGCGGCCAAGAUGUCAAAAUGAUAAGUUUUGUCUCUCUAUGUCAAUGUCUUUGGACUUUAGAACAAAAGCUGCCCUGCCUUCCAAGGAAUCAAAAUAUGCCUUCAUGCCAGCAACAGGAAAGAUCAUCUUCUACUUAUAUUUCAUUUCUGUUUAGCUAAACAUAUGACAAUGCUACUCCAUCUUAUCUGAAUAAGAUAGGCCAUUAUUAUCAAGUUUUUAAUCAUAAUCCGCGUUGGUCCUUGGUUGUCUACUUAUUAUGUUCAUGCAU